UAUCUGGGGGAGUGGCUGGGCGACCUGAGGACAGGGAAGGGAUCGUGGGACUACCAGCCAAACAAACACGUCUAUGUUGGGACGUGGAAGAGUGGAUUGAGGGAAGGGGAGGGAAGGCUGGCAAUGGCAGAUGGCUUUUGGUACAAAGGGGAGUUCAGACAAGACUUUAUGCAUGGCCAUGGUUUCAUGCAGAUGGAAAACAAGGAUAUGUUCGAUGGAAACUUCUUUCAAGGUAAG